UGGUGCGACGCGGGAAAAGCGCGCAGCAUGCUCACCGCGGUGGCGAGCCGCCUGCGCCUCGGCCGGGGACGCUUCGUCCGCUGCCCCCCUUUUCCACCCUGGGGUCUUACCUGCUACUCCAGCGGCCAAACCCCCGGCGGUUCUGGGCCCCAAGGUCCAGGGAAGGUUCACAAGGUCCUCGCCCAGCACAGGCCUUCACAAUUCGACAAGAAAAUCCUGCUGUGGACCGGGCGUUUCAAAUCGAUGGAAGAGAUCCCGCCUCAGGUCCCGUAA